AAUUGAAUAAGACCGGGUUAUUUCAAUGGGCCCAAUUCAAAAACGGGUAUAUAGAAGGAGAGAGCUGAAACCUAGAGCUUUUGAUAUUAGUUUUUAGGGUUUACAUUUACAAGGAGCAGCCACCACACCAACGAAGCAGCCAUGGUUCUCAAGACUGAACUCUGCAGAUUCAGUGGUGCAAAGAUUUACCCAGGAAGAGGGAUCAGAUUUAUUCGUAGUGAUUCUCAGGUUUUCCUCUUUGUGAACUCAAAAUGUAAGAGGUAUUUCCACAACAAGUUGAAGCCUUCAAAACUCACAUGGACUGCCAUGUACAGAAAGCAACACAAGAAGGACAUUGCUCAAGAAGCGGUGAAGAAGAGGCGCCGUGCCACCAAGAAGCCAUACUCCAGGUCCAUUGUUGGUGCUACACUUGAAGUCAUUCAAAAAAAAAGAACCGAGAAGCCCGAGGUUCGAGAUGCAGCUAGGGAAGCUGCUCUUCGUGAAAUCAAGGAAAGGAUAAAGAAAACCAAGGAUGAAAAGAAAGCCAAGAAAGCCGAGGUAGCAUCUAAGGCACAAAAGUCGGGGAAAGGAAAUGUUCAGAAGGGUGCUAUGCCCAAGGGUCCUAAAAUGGGCGGUGGUGGUGGGAAGCGUUAAGUUUUUCUAUUUUUGUUUACUAUUUAAAUAUAUUUGUUGCUUGAUCAGCCUUUUAUGUUACUGUUUUAUCAAACUUAUGUUUGGAGCUUCAGAGAGAACCCAGGAAUUAAAUGGAUUUUGCUAGUUGUGUUAUGUUUAUUUGCACUAAUGAUCCCUUAUGAUGUUAGUUAUUAAUUGCAUGUUUGAUUAUAA